AGAGAGAGAGAGAGAGAGGCUAUGGGCCGAGACCGUCCACUCUCGCUGUCGGCGACACCGACAGCAUCAAUUCGGGACGCACAGGAAAUAAUGCUCCGGCUACUUUAUUAUUUGUGCGCUACAACAAAAAGCACUCUGGCGUGUGUUCGCCUCAACUAAUUGUUGCUUUUUUUUGACGAGAAUCCCUCCCUGCAGGCUUAAAUUACAUCUCUGCAGCAUCCUUGCAGAGUAGCCUCUGCUGCCGAUUCCAUUUUUCUGGCUGCAUUUCGAGGUGCCAUCGACAGAACCAGAGACUGACUGGGCUCAGCGACCUGCACAGCACCUCCAGGACCGCCAGCAGACGGUCUCAUUCAUUGAUGUGUAUGGAGUAAAUAAUUAGGAAGAGGGGAGGAGGCGAAAAAAAGUUCAUUUCCCCUGCCACGCACGAGCGUCUCGUGCAUGGAUUUGGGUUGAUGCGAAUGAUUAAAAAGGCGUCGGGGAGCCAGAGGAGAGGCUGGUGUGCAGAUGAGGAUAAACCAAGUCGUGCUCGUCAGACGCGGCACCUGGAAUACCUGAAGCUCUCCAAUGACACGCUGCUACACCAACUUAUCAACACUGUUGCAUGUUUGCACGGCUGACAUGUCGGCCCCUGUGGCCCAGCCCGUAGAUGUAUGAUUUAUAUCACAUCGGUUGCUGUUGAUUCGAAGCCCUGAGUGCCAGAAACUCGCAGCAGCUGAAUCACACGCUACUGUCCCCUCCAGAGGAUGCUGGCUGAAGCGCAAUGAUGCCCGGGACUCGGGAGGAUUUUCUCAUCAGGAUGACAUUUGGUUGAAAUAAACUCGCGAAAACCCAGAAUCAACUCUUUUUUUUCCCCCUUUCUUUUUUUAUUGCGCUAAGAAGCUGCACCAAGAUCCGACCUCUGCCGAACUAGACUCUCGGCUUUUAAGACUCGGUUCGGGGAGAUGGCCGCGAUCGCCAGCUCCCUGAUCCGGCAGAAACGCCAGGCGAGGGAGUCGAACAGCGACCGGGUUUCUACUUCGAAACGUCGCCCCAGCCCCAGCAAAGACCCCCGCUCUCUGUGUGAGAGGCAUUUCUUGGGGGUCUUCAGCAAAGUCCGUUUCUGCAGCGGAAAGAAAAGACCCGUUCGGCGGCGACCAGAUGCACCCUCGAAACCUCCACAGGUGUCCCAUAAGGGCUGCAGGCUAGAGCCGCAGCUGAAAGGCAUCGUGACACGACUGUUCAGCCAGCAGGGCUUCUACCUGCAGAUGCAGCCGGAUGGAACCAUCGAUGGCAGCAAGGACGAGAACAGCGACAACACCCUGUUUAAUCUUAUUCCUGUGGGUCUGAGAGUGGUGGCCAUCCAGGGAGUAAAGAGUGGCUUCUACAUUGCCAUGAAUGGCGAGGGCAUGCUCUACAGCUCGGAGAUGUUUACACCGGAGUGCAAGUUCAAGGAGUCUGUUUUCGAAAACUACUAUGUGAUCUACUCGUCCACUGUGUACCGGCAGCAAGAGUCGGGUCGGGCCUGGUUCCUCGGCCUCACCAAGGAGGGACAAGUCAUGAAGGGAAACCGGGUCAAGAAGACUAAGCCCUCGUCACACUUUGUGCCCAGGCCCAUCGAAGUUUGUAUGUACAGGGAGCCGUCAAUGCAUGAGAUAGAGGACAAGCACCGCUCCAGGAAGAGCUCAGGGACUCCCACCAUGAACGGAGGGAAAGCUGUCAAUCAGGACUCCACAUAGCAGCGGGGGGAGGGGCUUCCAGCAGGGGGGAGUGGCCUCAUCCUGACUCAGGGGGAGGGGCCAUAGGAAAACUCACCGCCCCCCCUCAAAAUACGCACCACCAUCCCCUCUGAAAAAAAAGGAGGGCGUUGCGACGACGAGGAGCUAUUACUGUACACCCAAGUCAACAAAAAUAAAACUGAACUCUUGCCUGUGAAAACCUUUUAGAUGAAUUAAUAUGAAACCAGAAGAUAUAUAUAUA